AAAUAAUGCACAUUUAAUAAAAUGUAUAUGUAUAUUAUGCACCCACACUUAAAAGUGUUUUCAGAUAGACACUGUUUGAUAUGAUAAUCAGUGAUACUGUAUAAAGGCACAAAUAACGUAUGUUAUAUUACAAUGUUAUAUUAGAUGUGUAUAGUAUUUAGAUUAUGAUUUAGACACACCUUAAUAACUAUCACUACCUGGGGUGGCAUUAGACAGUUAACCGUUAUUUUAGGGACAUACUCAGCUUGAAUGACUGGAUUUAUUCACAUGUUGCAGUUGCCUGUUGUAAUUAUCAUUUAGGAUGUUUUUUAAUAGGAAGCAGAAUUGCCAUGCAGAAUUUCAGGUUGUUGUUUUUUUGGUCAUCCCAAUCAUUAUGUUAACAAAAAACAUGUUGACAUGUACACACUGGUAGAUUGUUCUGAAAACUCUCCUAACACUUCCUCUGAGUCUUAGAGCUCUUUAUUGGCCCUCUUAAUAUGUUCCCCACAACAAUUUAAUUGGCUUGCGUGUGCAUGAACAGCUGUGAUUGGUUACCGUUUGUGUCACUAUAACGGCUAGGAAAGACUAAGCAAAUCAGUGUAUCUGGCGCAGACAUUGACCUAGUUAAGAGAGAGAGCAAACCUAGGAGUUAAACAAGGCUCCAUGUCUGCACACUCGCAUGUGGUUACACCAUCGGAGUGGCUAACACCAUGAAGCGGUUAAAGCUAUUACUUAAUGCUGCCACAGAUGAUGAGGUUUCCUGUGUUGAUCUUCACUUGUUUCUGUAGGCACUGCCCUCCUGAACUGGAAUGUUCACCCUCACGGAAGUUGCCUCUCUGAACGACAUCCAGCCAACCUAUCGAAUUCUGAAACCGUGGUGGGAUGUGUUCAUGGAUUAUUUGGGCAUUGUAAUGCUCAUGGUGGCAAUAUUUGCUGGGACGAUGCAGUUAACCAAAGACCAGGUUGUUUGCUUGCCUGUUCUGGAUUCGUGGGAAGAGUCUGUCACCACACAGAAGCCUCCAGAAACAGCUUCUGACCUCGGGACAGGAGGAAACAGAGUGACAUUAGCAGCUGCACCUUUAGCAGGCAAAGACCAGCCUGACACAGUUGUCCGCCAACUGCAUUUCUCUCAACCAGCUGCAAUCAUCCAUCCUCAGCCAACAGGGGUGAAAACAAACAUGGACUUUCAACAGUAUGUCUUUGUCAACCAGAUGUGCUACCAUAUUGCCCUCCCCUGGUAUUCAAAAUACUUUCCAUAUCUUGCUCUCAUUCACACAAUUGUCCUCAUGGUCAGCAGCAACUUUUGGUUCAAGUAUCCAAAGACAUGCUCAAAAAUUGAGCAUUUUGUGUCAAUUUUGGGGAAGUGUUUUGAGUCCCCUUGGACCACCAAAGCAUUGUCUGAGACAGCUUGCGAAGACUCGGAGGAGAAUAAGCAAAGAAUGACUGGAGGCCUCUCGUUACCAAAGCAUUUAUCCACUGGCAGUGAGGAGGGGAGCCCAAGCCCAACCACACCAAUGCUGGGAAAAUCCAGUGUUAAAUUCUCAACUGAAAAGCCUGUAAUUGAAGUUCCAAGCAUGACCAUACUGGACAAGAAAGAUGGCGAGCAAGCCAAGGCCCUUUUUGAAAAAGUGAGGAAGUUUCGUGUGCAUGUUGAGGACAGUGACUUGAUCUACAAACUCUAUGUCGCUCAAACUAUAAUUAAGACAGUCAAGUUCAUUUUGAUCUUGUGUUACACAACAACAUUUGUUGCAUACAUUCAUUUUGAGCAUGAUUGUAAACCAGAUGUUAAGCAUUUAACUGGCUACACCAAAUUCCAGUGUACUCAUAAUAUGGCAUUCAUGUUGAAAAAGCUGCUCAUUAGCUACAUUGCCAUCAUUUGUGUUUAUGGCUUGGUAUGCAUUCACACACUUUUUUGGUUAUUCAGGCGGCCUCUGAAGGAGUACUCAUUUGAGAAGGUGAGAGAGGAGAGCAGCUUUAGUGACAUACCAGAUGUAAAGAAUGACUUUGCAUUUCUCUUGCACAUGGUAGACCAAUAUGACCAGUUAUACUCUAAACGCUUUGGUGUCUUUCUCUCAGAGGUCAGUGAAAACAAACUGCGGGAAAUUAGCUUGAAUCACGAGUGGACAUUUGAGAAGCUACGGCAGCAUGUGACACGGAAUGCGCAAGACAAGUUGGAGCUCCAGUUGUUUAUGCUGUCAGGUGUUCCUGAUGCAGUGUUUGACCUCACUGACCUCGAGAUAUUGAAGCUUGAGCUAAUCCCUGAAGCACGGAUAACAGCAAAGAUUUCCCAGAUGACCAACCUUCAGGAACUGCAUUUAUAUCACUGCCCUUCCAAAGUUGAACAGACUGCAUUCAGUUUUCUCCGUGAUCACCUACGGUGCCUUCAUGUCAAAUUUACAGAUGUUGCAGAGAUACCCCAAUGGGUUUACUUGUUGAAGAACUUGAGGGAGCUCUACUUGGUGGGAAACCUGAACUCUGAAAACAACAAGAUGAUUGGCUUAGAAUCCCUCAGGGACCUGAGGCAUCUGAAAGUACUACAUCUGAAGAGCAACCUUACUAAGGUCCCAACAAACAUAACAGACUUAGCCCCCCAUCUGGUCAAACUCGUGGUACACAAUGAUGGUACUAAGCUCUUGGUAUUGAAUAGUUUGAAAAAGAUGAUGAAUCUUGCUGAUCUGGAGUUGCAUAAUUGUGAAUUGGAAAGGAUACCACAUGCCAUUUUUAGUUUGACAAAUCUACAGGAGCUAGACUUGAAAUCCAACAAUAUUCGCACUAUUGAGGAGGUUAUCAGCUUCCAACACUUAAAAAGGUUUACCUGCCUCAAACUUUGGCAUAACAAGGUCAUCACCAUUCCACUGUCCAUAGGUCAAGUAAAGAACCUUGAGUCCCUUUAUCUUUCUCACAACAAACUAGAGUCCUUGCCUGCACCUUUGUUUAGUUUACCUAAGCUAAGAUAUUUGGAUUUAAGUUACAACUCCAUUGUGGUGAUUCCAACAGAGGUAGGAUUCCUGCAGAACCUCCAGCACUUUGCCAUCACAGGAAACAAGGUGGAAGUGGUACCAAAGCACCUGUUCAAAUGCACCAAGUUGCGUACACUGUGUUUGGGCCAAAAUUGUAUCUCGUCCCUGCCAGAGAAAAUUGGCCAGUUGGUGCAGCUGGUACAUCUAGAGCUAAAGGGAAACUGUCUGGACCGCCUUCCAGCCCAGCUUGGACACUGCAGACUCUUGCGUCGAAGUGGUCUGAUUGUGGAGGAUCACUUAUUCGACUCUCUGCCGAUAGAGGUCAAAGACAGCAUUAAUCAGGAAAGCAAUUCUACGUAUGCUAAUGGAAUGUAGGAGAUUAGUAGAAAGGGAUCUCUACAUUUCCCUCUACUGGUCCUCUUUUGACCAGAAUCUGCUAUCCAUGUUGAAUGGAAUUAUACACAAUGUUUUCUUUAUUGCUAUGGUUGCACCAAACUGGUCUCUUGCUAGUUUGACAACUGGUGAGGAAGGUUUGGCUCAGGACUUGCACCUAAAUGAAAUGCUUUAAACCACUGGAAUUAACCAAGCAUCCUAGAGCUUAUUCUGGCUACAAACUAAACAAGAAGACCAGUAGAAAGCAUCUGAUGUAACAAAACGUGUUCACUGGAAAUGUUUUUAAAAAGCUAUGAAUAACCCAGUUUGCAAUAUUUUUCUUUCCCUGAUACAAAGCCAACAGUGUCAUGUUUCACAUUCAAACCGCUCUUUCUGCAGUCUUUCAUUUGUUUAUGCUGCCAUGUUUUUCAUUUUAUCUAACGACUUUCCACACAGAACAACCCACAUUGUGGUGCAGAUACUUACUGUAUUUAUUCAUUCUUGGAGGAAAUCAGGAAAAGGUGAAAAACAACAACAACAAUGAAAAGAUCUUUGUGUUUGGCAACGUAUUAUAAGGAACCAUUAGUGCACACAAUGCAUGGUCCUUGCUGCUCAUAACACUUCAGCCUAGAAAUUAUUGUUCUAAUAUUUAUUCUUCUACUAUUCAGCUUCUACAUGUUAGUCAAAAGACAUGUAUAAAAUCAGAAUUUAUGUUAAAAACUACUGCUAAACAUUGUACUGGUUACUCUAAGUGGGAAUACAAAUGCUUGUACUUUAUUAAAAAAAAUUACUCAA